GGACUGAGUGGCUGCGCGUGUAGAUCAGAUCGCGCAGGACUGGACUGGUUGCAUGAGCGAAUGCGCGAGUGGUCUAUCCACGGGUACGCGCGUGAUCGUACAGCAGCAUCAUUGCUGUAGCUGGUGCAUGUGAACCAAGGGCGUGAUAAUGGCGCAUUUGAGCUGAACACUCAUCAGAUCGAUCGGAAUAUUGUGCGAUCGAUGAGGAUCUGAUCAUGUCGAGCGGGCAGGACGAGAGCACGGUGCGGGUCGCGCUCAGGAUUCGUCCUCAGCUUGCGAAGGAAAAGAUCGAAGGAUGUCACAUCUGCACGUUCGUGACGCCCUGCGAGCCGCAAGUGGUUCUGGGAAAGGACAAGGCCUUCACAUAUGAUUAUGUGUUUGACAUGGACUCAACGCAGGAUGCCAUCUAUGCCAAUUGCACUGAGAAACUUAUCGAAGGAUGUUUGGAGGGUUACAAUGCAACCAUCUUUGCCUAUGGACAGACAGGGUCAGGGAAGACAUAUACGAUGGGCACAGGGUUUGACGUGACCAUACCAGAUGAGGAGUUGGGCAUCAUCCCACGGGCGGUCAGUCAUCUCUUUAAAGGCAUCGAGCAGAGACGGCAGGCGGCUGCAGAUCAGGGCCGACCUGUCCCGGAGUUCAAGAUCAGUGCUCAGUUUUUAGAGUUAUAUAAUGAGGAAGUGCUGGAUCUUUUCGACACCACACGAGACAUGGAGAUGAGGAAACAGAAAUCUCACAUUAAAAUUCAUGAGGACGCCAACGGCAGCAUCUACACUGUAGGGGUGACGACACGCACAGUUUCCUCAGAGGCAGAAAUGAUGCAGUGUCUGAAGCUGGGCGCUCUCUCUCGCACCACCGCUAGCACGCAGAUGAACGUACAGAGUUCUCGAUCCCACGCCAUCUUCACCAUUCACAUCUGUCAAGUGCGUGUUUGUGCCCCUGCAGAAAAUCCCCCAGAACAGGACAAUGAGACAGACAAUCGACUGGCCAACAACUCGUCUGAGAUGGAGGAGUUUGAAACACUUACAGCCAAGUUUCACUUUGUGGAUCUGGCCGGGUCAGAGAGACUCAAGAGGACGGGGGCUACAGGGGACAGAGCUAAAGAAGGCAUCUCCAUUAACUGUGGACUGCUUGCUUUGGGAAACGUGAUCAGUGCUUUAGGAGACAGAAGCAAGCGCUCAACGCAUGUGCCUUACAGAGACUCCAAACUUACUCGCCUUCUUCAAGAUUCACUGGGUGGAAACAGCCGAACAGUGAUGAUCGCCUGCAUAAGCCCGUCAGAUCAGGACUUCAUGGAGACCCUGAACACACUGAAGUACGCCAAUCGAGCACGCAACAUCAAGAACAGGGUGAUGGUGAACCAAGACAAGGCCAGCCAGCAGAUCAGCGCUCUGAGGACGGAGAUCGCCCGACUUCAGAUGGAGCUCAUGGAGUACAGAACGGGGAAGCGUCUGGUUGGAGAAGACGGGUUGGAAAGCAUCAAUGACAUGUAUCAUGAGAACUCAAUGCUUCAGAUGGAGAACAAUAAUCUGCGCAUGCGUGUGAAGGCCAUGCAGGAAGCCAUUGACUCGCAGGGUGCUCGACUCACACAGCUGCUCAGUGAACAGGCCAAUCAGGUGCUCUCGAGAGCAGGUGAAGGUAGUGAGGAAAUUGGAAAUAUGAUUCAGAAUUACAUCAAGGAAAUCGAAGAUCUAAGGGCAAAACUGCUUGAAAGUGAAGCCGUGAAUGAGAACCUGAGGAGGAAUCUCACGAGGGCGUCCACACGUCCUCAGUUCUACGGAGGUUCUGGAGCGUUCUCGUCUGCGCUACUGGGAGCCGACCCCAGUCAGGAGACCGCUGACAUAAUCGAGAUAGCCAAGAAGGAUCUGGAGAAACUGAAGAGGAAGGAGAAAAAGAGAAAGAAGAGACUCCAGCAGGUGCUGAGUGACAGGAGAGAGGAGGAGGAGGAGAUGGAGGAAGACAGUGCCAGCAAAGACGAAACACUUCACAGCGAGGCAAAGAUCAGUGAGGGAGAGCCAUCAGAACCCACCAAUCACGAGCCAGAGGAAACCAGUGACCGCGAGGAAGGGGACGGAGAGGAAGAGGAAGAAGAUGUAGAUGAAGAGGAAAUUGAUGCUGAGGAGAGCUCUGAUGAGUCUGAUUCUGAACUCGAUGAGAAGGAGGACUUCCAGGCCGACCUGGCCAACAUCACAUGUGAGAUCGCCAUUAAGCAGAAGUUAAUCGAUGAGCUGGAGAACAGUCAGAGACGCCUGCACACGCUCAAACAACAGUACGAACAAAAGCUCAUGAUGCUGCAGUGCAAAAUCAAAGACACACAGCUGGAGAGAGACCGCGUCCUGCAGAACAUGGGCUCUGUGGAGUCGUGUUCAGACGAUAAAGCCAAGCGCAUAAAGGCCGAGUAUGAGAAGAAACUCGGUAUCAUGAACAAAGAGCUGCACAAACUUCAGGCGGCACAGAAAGAACACGCCCGCUUACUCAAGAACCAAUCACAGUAUGAGAAACAGAUGAAGAAACUGCAGCAGGAUUUAGCUGAAAUGAAGAAGACCAAAGUGCGUCUGAUGAAGCAGAUGAAGGAGCAGCAGGAGAAAAGCAGGAUGGCGGAGUCCCGGAGAAAUCGUGAGAUCGCCACACUUAAGAAGGACCAGCGUAAACAAGAGCAUCAGCUGAAACUGCUAGAAGCUCAGAAAAGACAACAGGAGCUUAUUCUGCGCAGGAAAACUGAAGAGGUGACCGCUCUAAGGCGACAGGUGCGGCCCAUUUCAGGAAAGGUGACACGGAAAGGGAAUGUACCUGAGCCGAGCCAGGAUCACCUACAUAGACCACCCGCGGGUCGGACGUAUCCGAGCUCUGGAGCACCUAAUGGAACCAGAUUAUACUAUCGCAGGCCAGCUGGGAUAUAUUCUACACGCAUUGCCCGCGGGAAAUGGCAGACUCUGGAACGGCGUAUCUCUGACAUCAUCAUGCAGCGAAUGACCAUUUCCAACAUGGAGACAGACAUGAAUCGUCUUCUAAAGCAACGUGAAGAGCUGACACGAAGACGUGAUAAGAUCAGCAGAAAGAAAGAGAGAUUACUGACAGAGGAGCCAGAAGGUGAGAAAGAUGUUCAGCCUUUGAAUGAAGAACUGGAGUCUCUGCUGGCCAACAUCGAUUACAUCAAUGACAGCAUCUCUGACUGCCAGGCCAACAUCAUGCAGAUGGAGGAGGCCAAGGAGGAGGGCGACUCUGUUGAUGUCUCAGCUGUGAUUGGUUCCUGCACUCUGGCUGAGGCUCGAUUUCUUCUCGAUCAUUUCAUGUCCAUGGCCAUAAAUAAGGGUCUACAGGCAUCUCAGAAAGAGUCUCAGAUAAAGGUGAUGGAGGGCCGUCUCAAGCAAACUGAGAUCAACAGUGCCACUCAGAACCAGCUGCUGUUCCACAUGCUGAAGGAGAAGGCCGAGUUUAACCCAGAACUGGAUGCUUUGUUGGGGAAUGCUCUACAGGAACUAGGUAACAUGCCCUCGGAAAAUGGAGAUGACAGUAGCAGCGAUGAGUCCACUCAGAGUCCUGCUGUGGAAGGAAUCACACUGGCCUCAGACAUCAUGAAGUUAUGUGGCGAGACCAAAUCUAGGACCAAGGCUCGAAGAAGAACCACUACUCAAAUGGAAUUACUGUAUGUUAACAACAGUGACUGUGGCCCAGACACACCUCUACACCCAAUGAGUGAGACAAUAGAGGCGACUGGAGACCUGGAGUCCGCUGGAAAUACAGUCAGAGACAGGGACUACAUGCUUCCUGCUGGUUUGACCUCCAGAAUGGGUAGCAUUAGCAGCUCUGGCAACAGACUUCCAACAGGGGGGCAAAAGAGAGUGCCGGAACCUUCCCCUGUGUCCCGCAGGAAGACUUAUGACAAGGGACAAGCUGACAAGGCUAAAGCUAAAGAGAUCAUACAAGGUGUGAUCAGCCCCGUUCCUGUGUCGAAGAGCAGUCGUGCCGGAUCUCUGCAGUGCGUGCAUAUAGCCGAGGGUCACAGUAAAGCUGUGCUGUGUGUCGACUCCACCGAUGACCUCCUCUUCACUGGAUCUAAAGACCGGACCUGUAAGGUGUGGAAUCUGGUGACUGGACAGGAGAUCAUGUAUCUGGGCGGCCAUCCCAACAACGUCGUCUCUGUGCGUUACAGCUCCAGUCUGGUGUUCACCGUCUCCACUUCCUACAUCAAAGUGUGGGACAUCCGAGAUUCGGCCAAGUGCAUACGAACACUCACUUCAUCAGGUCUGGUGAAUCCUGGUGACACGUGUGCAGCCACUACGAACCGCACCGUCACCAUCCCGGCCGGAGAGAACCAGAUCAACCAAAUAUAUCUGAACCCGAGCGGCACCGUUCUCUACGCUGCUGCAGGCAACUCUGUGCGCAUGUGGGACCUGAGACGAUUCGUGUCUACAGGAAAGUUAACGGGGCACCUGAGUCCAGUCAUGUGUUUGACUGUAGAUCAGACCUGUAAUGGACAAGAUCUUGUUAUCACCGGCUCAAAGGAUCACUACAUCAAGAUGUUUGAUGUGACAGAAGGUGCUGUGGGUAGUAUCAGUCCCACACAUAACUUUGAGCCGCCCCACUAUGAUGGCAUUGAGUCUUUGGUGGUUCGGGGGGACUGUUUGUUUAGCGGCUCCAGAGACAACGGCAUUAAGAAAUGGGACCUGGCACGCAAGGACCUGUUGCAGCAGGUACCCAACGCUCAUCGUGACUGGGUUUGCGCUCUGGGAGUCGUCCCCGCGUCUCCCAUCCUGCUAAGCGGCUGUAGAGGAGGAGUUCUCAAACUCUGGCACACGGACACGUUGAGUCCUCUCGGGGAGAUCAGGGGUCAUGAGAGUCCCAUUAACGGCAUCUCCACUAACAGCACUCAUCUCUUCACUGCCUCAGAUGACCGGACAGUAAAGAUCUGGCGUUCAAGAGGAGGUCUGGACAGCGGCACAGAUGUGACUGACACUACUGAUGACGCCGUCGGUAAUUGACUAAAUAGAGACGCCACUGCAGUGUUACUAUGGUAACACUGCCGCCAAAGACAUUUGCACUUUGACUCCACCGAUAAAAUAUGGGUAUUGAGAUGAUUGGCCUUUAAUACAAAUACAGAAUCGACUCCUUUGGACAAUUCCCAGCAUUCAUUGCUAAUUGCUUAAAACGCAAAAUCAACGUCACAUGCUAAAGAAAGCUCUCUGCUCUUAAAAUAACCACGCCAGCGCAGAUAAUUCUAACAAUUAUCUAAGCGGCACCGAAAGCGGACACACUGGUGGACAUUCGGGAACGAAGCGGGAUCUACUGUGGCUGGCUCCAGUAUUCCGGCUUUCGGAAGCGCUCGGGUGCAUUAUGCUGUAUAGUGAUGUGUCUGUAGAGUAACUCGUGCAAAGAAUAGGUCAUAUUUUACUCCUUAAGAAUUUUACAUUAUGAAAAUGAAAGCUAUUUUAAAAUUCGAAUCAUGAGUUUUUGUAUUGUGUGUGUAGCAGAUUACAAAAAACUCAUGCCUUUAAAUCGAUUAUUAUGAUUUCAGAGAAUGCAAGGUUGUAUUCGUUAUACUGAAUGUAAUUUAAAAUUUAUGAUAUGUCUUGAAAUUUACAGGGUUCCCACGGGUCCUUGAAAGUUUGUGAAUCUGGUGGAAAUAAUAAAGGCCCUGUGAUGUUUUUGAAAAUAUACAUACAUAGAUACAGGUCAUUGAAAGUGCUUGAAUCUAUUUUAUGCAAGAAGUUUUCUGGAAAAAAUCCAUAUUAUUCCCUGUUUAGUGUAGGAUAAUAUCAUCAGAAUUGUAGACUUUUUAAGCACACGUGUUAAACUGUUCACUUUAAAUGCUUAUAUAUUCUGUAUGCGAAUGUUGAUUCAUACUAAAAUGCUUUUUUGCAUAGUUGUGUUUGACACAUGAAAACGUCUCGGGUUACAUAUGUAACUGUUGUUCCCUGAGAAGGGAACGAGACGCUGCGUCUCUCUUGUCAUACUUCCUGCGUCCCUGUAACGCCGUCUUUGGCAAUAUUUCAGAUAGUGAUAUACUUCCUGGCUCUCGCGUCACCCUGUCUUUGUCGUUAAGCCUCACCAUUGGUUGAAUUUACACAUUCAGAUGGCCUGGAAGCGUCCCCAAAGUGUCACCGCAGUGACGCAGCGCAAGUUCCCUCGAAAGGGAACUGUAACAAUGUAUCUUAAAACAUAACACAAUGUAACCUUGCUCUCACUUGAAAUGUUUCCCCACAUUUAGUCCUUGAAUUUGAGGGUAUUGGACCUGGAAGUCCUUGAAAGGUCAUUGAAGUUAACAAGGUGUGGGAACCCUGUUUUUAUGAAUGAUUAAAGUAGUCCGUUUAUAUGAUUUGUUUCCUAUUUGGAAUUUUUUUUAUAAUUGCUAGAGUUAAAAUGAUGAUACAAUCAUGUUUAUAAGCAUGCAAUAAAAGAAAAUGUCUCCAAAAAUGACAAAAUUGCAAAUGUAUAAUUGCAGUUUAAAAAAACAAAUAUUGUAUCACAGAUCUAAUUUAAUUAGAAUGACCAAAACAGUAUAUGAAAAUUUAUAUUUUAAAUCAUAAUGCCUUUUAAACCAUACUGUAUAUGAUAUUUCUAUCAACAUACAGUAUUAAGAAUAGUUUGAGGCAAUAAUAUUGUGUCUAUGAAAUUCAGUCUCAUAACAUGAUGAUGAGAUUAGGAGCAUCAAAGUUGGCCUUAGUCAAUGAAAAAUAUUAAGGCAGAGUCACAUGGACCUGUCAGGCACCUUUUCAGCAACAAAAAUUACAAUUAUUUCAGUGUGUAGUUCGAUCAAUGCUAUCGAAUGACUUCAGAAAAUUUGAAAUAUGGCACAUGAAAUAAUAAUGGUCAUAAAAGCGUCAUUUUCUUAAUGCAAAAUAUAAUUUCUCUUUAUUUUGGAGUGAAAUAUGAUCUGGACAUCUUUUAUAGUUUAAAUUAAAAGCUUUGACCUUAAAUGAACUCUGUUAGACGUCAGUGUAGCUACCUGCAAAUCAUAAGUUGAUUAAAAACGAUCACUGGACCACGUACUAAAGACAGUAACAAUAUAGUCAUUUUCUUAUUCACUCUUUACAAACCUGUCAACAUCCAUGAAUCACUUUACUCUGAAAUAUUCCUGCUGCUAUCUUACUGUAUGUCACUGAAGUCUUUUGGAUUUGUGUGGUGUAUGGAUAAAUGCACUAUUGUGUAUAUACUGAGUGCCUGUACCACUUAUAAACACUACAUAGUGCACUGCUUCCCCCCAGCUUGUUCACUGCAGUCCACUACGCAGUACACUUGCUGGAUUACAUGCUGUUGUGCUUGAUCAAAUAACAUAUAUGAAGACUUGAAAGCUUUUGUAGUCCACAUCUGUUUAAUGUUUGGAGUUUCAUGCUUUGGCUUUACUGUAAUUGCAGUACAUUUGGAGGUUUAGUUGUCGAAACGUGAAACAUGGCCAUUUAAUAGUGAUUUGAAUGUCAGGUGCCAAUUCAAUUAAACGUCAUCUGUCAAAAUCUA